UAGGUUUGUCCUGAAGCUCUCUGCCCUGGGAGACGAGUGAGGACGGCACCGGCAACAAGGACUGUGCAGGGGCUGAAGCCAGCAGGCACUCCCGUGGGCUGCGUCGCGGCCGCACAGCAGGAGAUGGAGGCGCUCAACGUGUCCAACCAUGUCAAUUUCACCCUGCCGCCCAACUUCGGCAAGCGGCCCACUGACCUGGCCCUGAGCAUCUGCCUGAUAAUUAUGCUGCUCGUCAUCAUGCUCUCCCUGGGCUGCACCAUGGAGUACAGCAAGAUCAAGGCGCACUUCUGGAAGCCCAAGGGGAUGAUCAUCGCACUGGUGGCACAGUACGGCAUCAUGCCCCUCACCUCCUUCGCCCUGGGCAGGAUCUUCAAGCUCAACAACAUCGAGGCGCUGGCCAUCCUGGUCUGCGGCUGCUCCCCUGGGGGCAACCUGUCCAACAUCUUCAGUCUGGCCGUGAAGGGGGACAUGAACCUCAGCAUUGUGAUGACCACCUGCUCGACCUUCUUUGCCCUGGGCAUGAUGCCCCUCCUCCUGUACGUCUACUCCAUGGGGAUCUAUGAAGGGGAUAUGACGGAUAAGGUGCCCUACAAAGGCAUCAUAACAUCACUGAUCGUGGUUCUCAUUCCUUGCACCAUAGGGAUUGUCAUCAAUGCCAAACGGCCACAAUAUGUACGUUACAUCAUCAAGGUAGGGACGGUCAUCACGAUUCUGCUUAGUGUGGCUGUCACAGUACUCUCAGUCAUCAACGUGGGCAACAGCAUCACCUUUAUCAUGACACCACACUUAGUGGCGAUCUCCUCCAUAAUGCCUUUCACUGGCUUCCUGCUGGGCUACAUUCUCUCUGCUCUCUUCCGCCUCAAUGAACGGUGCAGGCGCACUGUCAGCAUGGAGACUGGAUUCCAAAACAUUCAACUCUGUUCCACCAUUCUCAACGUGACCUUCCCCCCUGAGGUCAUUGGACCACUUUUCUUCUUCCCUCUGCUCUAUAUGAUUUUCCAACUUGCAGAAGGGCUUCUCCUCAUUGCCAUCUACAGGUGCUAUAAGAAAAUAAAACCUUCCAAGGAUAAAACGAAAGUGAUCUACACAGCUACCCCAACUGGAGAGGCAAUUCAAGCUCUAGGAAAUGGUACCCACACUGGAGAGGGAUAUGCAUACCGCACAGCCCAGCCUCCCACAGGGAACUGAAUUAUAUUCAGAAGGCAACCCAGAAAGCUAGUAUGGGAAAACAACAGAGAGUAGAAUGGUUACAUGAAAUACAAAUGGAGUCUAGUGGGGCCUCAGUCUUUCUCUCCAGCAUUUCCAACAGAAACUAUCAGAAAUAUCGUCUUGCCUGAAGGAGAGAAAGCGGUCUACAAAAAAAAAAGAAAACCAAAGCCUCACCCAUCCCAAAACCCACCUCAGAAUUUGAUCACCACUUACAAACUACAGGACUGCAUACUGAGAUGCCCAGGAAAGGCAGAACCAAAACUGCCUUAUUCCCACCAUCUCUAGGAACAAUGCCUGAAAGGGAUUAUAAAGAUACCUAACUUCUGGA